AUGAGCAAGGAUAAGCUGAGCAAGCAGGUGCCGGACUGCCCUGGACCUCUGUCCCCGUCCAAAGGCCAGAAACCCAGCAGGAUGCCCAAGUGCUCCCGCUGCAGGAACCACGGCUACGUUUCUCCUCUCAAGGGCCAUAAACGUUUUUGCAAUUGGAGGGACUGCCAGUGUGCCAAAUGCAAACUUAUAGCUGAGAGGCAGAGAGUCAUGGCGGCGCAGGUCGCUCUGAGACGACAGCAGGCUCAGGAGGAGGAGCUUGGGAUUUGUAGUCCUGUGUCUCUGGCCGGCCCUGAGGUGAUGGUGAAGAAUGAAGCUGGAGCCGACUGCCUGUUCUCUGUAGAUGGGGGGCGAUCCCAGACACCUACCAGCACCGCCACCUCUUCUCUUGCUGUCACAGGGAGUCGCUCCACAUCGUCUGCCAGCCCGUCGGCCAGCGCCAGAGCUCACACUGAUGGACAGUCGGACCUGCUCCUGGAGACUUCCUACUACAACUUAUACCAGCCGUCCCGCUACCCGGCCUACUACAGCAACCUCUACAACUACCAGCAAUACCAGCAGAUGCCCCACAGCGACAGCCGCCUGUCGGGCCACAACGUGUCCUCUCAGUACCGCAUGCACUCCUACUACCCAGCAGCCACCUACCUCACCCAGGGCCUGGGCUCCACCACCUGUGUGCCACCGCUCUUCACCCUGGAGGACAACAACAAUAGCAACAACAACUGCUCCGAGACAAUGGCGGCAUCGGCUUUCUCACCCAGCAGCAUCUCCGCUGGCCACGACUCCAUGAGCUGCCGGUCCAUCAGCUCUCUGGUUAACUCUGAUGUCAAAGCUGAAUGUGAGGCCAGCAGCGAGGCGGCCAACUUCACCGUCAACUCCAUCAUCGACGGCGACGCCACCAAAUAA